CAUGUCCCACGGCCAGUGCGACCACGCCCACGGGGGGCCGGUGCAGUGCGACCACAGCGCGGGCGUGGGCGUGGGGGACUUCGACGACCCGCUGUUCCAGAAGCAGGACUGGGGCGUCGAGGACUGGCUGCAGAUGUAUGAGAAGUUUCCUGACAUGAGGGAAAAGGGGCAACCUUCACAGGCCUUACUGAAGUACCUGAAGGAAAUCCUCCCUUCCGAGCCAGGGAGGGUGUUGCUCCCUCUGUGUGGAAAAAGUCCGGACCUGAGGUGGCUGUAUGACCGUGGAAACACAGUUGUGGGAAUUGAGUGCGCGGAGAAGGUGGUGAAAAACUUCUACGAGACUUACCCAGAUCUCAAGCAUACCGUCCAUGAUCUGCCUUAUGGUAAAGUCUACAAGAGUGAAGAUGAGCGUCUCCAAGUGUAUAUCUGCAAUGUUAUCCACAUCCCAGAGGGAGAACUGGGAGAGUUUGACGCGGUGUUCGACUGGGCUGCCUACACGGCCAUCAACACGCAGGAGAGGCAGAAGUACGUUGACAUCAUGAAGUCCUGCAUGAAGCCUGACUCCCGGUACUUCCUCGAGGUGUGUCACGACCUGGAGGAGGGAGCCAAGGGAACUCCCAACUCCAUCUCCUUCCGCACAAUCAAGCUGGAAUUUGGAUGGGACCGAAAGAUGAAGUUUUUGGAGACGAAGGACAUAUCUGAUGAAUGGAAUGUGAAGAGUUUCUUUAACACCUUCCUCGUGUUCCUUCCCAAAUAAAUGUUGCUUUUCACCUUUUCAUCUUUUCAUCUCUUUUCGUCUUCGUCUUCUUGUUCUCCAUCACCUCUGUUGUCUUUUUUUUCCUUUCUGUCUUUGAGUUAUUCUAUUUUCUUUGUUUUUACAUCUUCCAUUUUUUUCUCUCUUUUUUUUUCUUCUCCUUAGUUUUCUUUAGAUAUUUGGUCUUAUUUGGCUGGCUUGUAUUGUCAAAGGCAAGCAAUUAUUGUAUAAUUAAUUCCUGUUUGAUUGAUAAUAGAUUAAUUAUCAGUUGAUGUUGAUGGUGAACAAAAUUGUGCUUUGCAUGGUCAAUGGAUCCAUAUUUUCUAUUCACAAUGAUAUUGAAAAACAAAACUAAUAUAUUAAUAUAUUUUUGUCUCAGACAUGAAAAUGAAGCAGGGAAAAUGGUGUUCACAUAGAAUGAUAGACAGCAAAGGAAACAAAUAUAUUCUAUAAUAUGUCUGUAUUAUUACAAACCAUAUUUUGUAUAAUGUCCUAUUUUUCAGGUGUAUUGCGAGUGACAGAUUACUGUGAGGAAGUUCAAAAUGGAAUUAUCGUAAUUAACUAUGGUUAGAUAUUAAACAUAUUUAGCUACAAAUGUUAACAUAGUGCAAAUUAAAGUUCCUUCAAUUAUCAUGUUGUUUGAGAAAGUGGUUGACAGGCAGUAUAUAUAUAUAUUUUUUUUUUCUCUCUCUCUCCUUCUUUUUCUUCUUCUUUUUCUUCUUGUUCUUCUUCUCAUCACACUAAUAACCAGUAUUUGCCUGAUGUGCAUUUCUGCUGAAGAUUACAAAGGUGAUUAAGUGAUUAAUUUUGUUAAAGAUUAUUAUUUCACCAAAAAGCAGGUGGUUACUGAAUAUGAUGUUUUAUAACAUAUUGAUUCUAAAGAUAGAAUAUGAACACUCAUCUCAUUGAAUCUUUAUUUAACGGAUUAUAUAUUGACAAUGAAGCUGGUUACAAUAGGAUUAUACAACAAAAGAAACAUGGUACAUUAGAAUUAAUGUAGGAUGAAAGUAACAAUUUUUGCGGUGUUUUGACUGAUAAAUAUAUUUAUAUUAAAUAUUACAAAGGAGUACAUUUGACAUUGAGUUUGUAACAAAAAGCAGGUGGUUAAUGUAUAUGAUUUAUUGUGACAUUUUGAUUGUUGAAAUAAAAUGUCUGAUUAAAUCUUUAA